GAGGCGUACGGGGAACAGUGAACGCAACAUUGUUUCCUGUUUUCAAGGGAUUCGCCGUCUGCCCAAGUCAAAGCCAGUUAAAUGUAUUUUACGCUCAGACAUCUGCUCGACCCUCGGUUUGAACCUCGUUUCCUGAGCCAUGGCGGUAUGAACGGCCUCCCAGCGAUGUUUCGGGAAUAUCUGGACGCGGCUCGACGACCCGGACACCCAGCGCGCUCCGCGAGCGAGGGUCUCACCUGAGCCAGGCCAAACAACUACGAUGCAAUCAUCACUUCCAUACAGGUGAGAGACAUGGACAACUCUGUCACCCUGUGGCAGUUCCUUCUCCAGCUUCUACUGGAUACCAGUAAUGAGCAGCUCAUCUGCUGGACCAAUGAGGAAGGGGAGUUCAAGCUGCUGCAGGCGGAGGAGGUGGCCCGCCUGUGGGGUGCUAGAAAGAACAAGCCCAACAUGAACUACGACAAACUCAGCAGGGCCCUCAGAUACUACUACGACAAGAACAUCAUAAAGAAGGUGAAUGGUCAAAAGUUUGUCUAUCGCUUCGUGUCCUAUCCUGCCAUCUUGAAAGGAGAUGUGGUCACCCGGACGGAGGAUGGGGAUGUGGGUGGUGGGGGCAUCACUCCCUUAACGAGAAGGGACAGCACCCUACAGGACAGUGAGUCUGUUGACGGAGCCAAGGUAGGAGGGAGCGCAGCAGCUCUGGGGUUGAGCACCAAGCAGUCAAACCGUAAUGACUACAUCCACUCCGGCCUGUACACCUCCUUCACGCUCAACUCGCUACAAAAUGGACGCCAGCUCUUCAGGUCCAUCAAAAUAGAGAACCCAGGAGAGAAGAUGGCCGACAAGAGGGGUCUCACUGCCACAGCCCAGAGCCAGCCACAACAGCCAACCGCUUUGCCAUCGGUCAUCAAGUUUGGAAACACGCCUCCGAAGCCAGCACCGCCUCCUCAGGUCGCCAUAGAGCCGACCCUGGUGUCCAAUCACCUGGAUCCUCUGCAACCUCUGCCCAAAAGGGCCGUAGAAAUCAGCACACACUCCUCCCUGCCUCCUCAGCACAUCUACGCAUUUGAACGCAUCCGCCCAUCAGAACCAACAUUCAGCCUGUCGGACCUGACGUCUGCCAGCCCGUCCCCAAGCCUGGUGCCUGACUCGUCCCAGGAACUGGUGAUUGACAGCGACAUUGAGUCCGGAUCAUCUCAGCCCACUGAUGCUCAGACACGGGAUAAGGUGGACAGUGGCAUGGGUCUGUCUGGAGACGAGCUCAGUCUGAUGGACGCUGAGACGAGUUCGUCCUCGGUGAGCAGCUGCACCACGGUCAGCACCCAGAGCUCAGGGAAGACACGUAAGCCGCCGAAAAUCCUGCAGAUCAGCCCGCCGGCUCUGCUGGUCACCACAUCCGACUUCUCCCCCAUGAACCUCUGCAGCCCCUCGCUGCCCACUGCCUCGCUCACACCAGCAAUGCUACAGACUCCCACUCUGUUGCUGACUCCCAGUCCUCUGCUCUCCAACAUCCACUUCUGGAGCACGCUCAGUCCGGUCGCCCCCCUCAGCCCGGCCACGCGGCGCCAAGGAGCCCACCUGUUCCAGUUCCCGUCGGUCCUCACCCCGCAGUUCCAGAUCCCUCUACACAGCGCGGACGGGACCAACACACCUGGCCCCAUUUCACCAGACCCUCAAAAGACAUAGAAUCCCCCCAAACACACACACCCCCCCCAUUUGGAGCUCCCAUCUCCUGCUCCAAAGUUCACUACAAUCUGCUGUGUGGGUGAGAGUGAGGCGUCCGAUUGUUCCACAGCACUUACACCCUGAGGAGGCCAUGCUGCGCUCAUACACACUGAUGCCGCUGUUCUGUUAGCAUUUCAUACUUGGACACACGAGGCCAGUGGGAUUGCAGUUAUCUGAAUCUUUCCUUUUUAUAGAAUUCCCUCCUAAUCAUGUACAACAGUGUUACUGCCAAAAAACAACCCGUCCGGUUUUUGUUUUUCCUCCGCCGACCCUGAAGGCUCCUUUUGUCUGCUCCGGCCUUUGUGCUCUUGUUGAACGGCAGCGCUUUAACCUGAAAACUUGCAUGUGCGACUGCCCAACUCCUAAAUCCUCUUUAGGAACUUCAGUGUCAAGCCUCGCCUUCUGCUGCUCUGCAAUGCUAGCUAACCAUAGCCAUAUCCAACCGGACUUUUACCUUAACUGUCUUAUCGUGACGUGUGGCCAUAAUCCCACCUGAACCUUGAAUAAUGCCUCUAUGUAACUGUUCUUGUGUGUGUGUGUGUGUGUGUGUGUGUGUGUGUGUGUGUGUGUGUGCGUGUGCGUGUGCGCGCGCGCGCGCGUGUGUGUGCGUGCGUGCGCGGCCUGGUCGGCCUCCUGCCGGAAAGCUUUCAGGUGGCAGUGAAAGAAAAUGAAGCCAUAACCCUUUUCUGAGUGUCGACCAGCAAGUGGCAGCUUGCAAGACCUAUUUGUCUUAACCAGACAAUGCGGAAGGCAGACGUACUUCAGUGACCCAUGGUAGAGAUCAUUAUUCAUCAUUAUUAUAAAUCAAUGUUGAAAUUAAAUAGUAAGGAAUACAGUAAUUAGACAUUUUGGGAAACACACUUGGGUUUCCAUGGGAGAGUUAGGUGAGAAGAUUGAGACCGGUAUUAUGUAGCUCGCUUAACUUAAAGGGGCAGUACGUGAUUCUAAAAUCAGCAAGUAUUUCCUCGCAGUCCGCGAGCUGUCGGUUCUGUUAGCGCGCCGGAAAAACAUCCUGGUGUUCGACUCAGUCCAGGCUCUGUUAAACGAAAACAAAAGAAAUGGUGCGGGCUGCACCACACAACACUGCGAGUGCCGUUUGUAAACAUCACUCGUCGACGUGCUAGCAGAUGGCGCUGCAACGCCGUGGUUUUGGCCUAGUGGUUUGCGCGUCGGUCUCCCACACCCGAGGUCCAGGGUCCCGGCUGGAGCAGGACAAUCACAACAACAACAAAGAGGAAGACGAGCUCGUCGCAGAAUCGCUUACUGCCCCUUUAACUUAGCUUUGCACAAAGAGUGGAGUAGCUAGCCUAGCUUUGUCUGACGGUAACAAAAAAAGAUCCAUAGCUCAUUAACGAACAGGUUUCUUGUGUGUUUAAUGCGUACGGCUACAGAUUCUUUAAUCUGUACCAAACAAGUUCAAACGAGGAGUGAGAAAACAUGGUCUACAGACGAGCUUUAGAGGAGCGGUCGGCAUAUGCUAAGCCAUGCUAAGCCAGCUCCACCUAUAUUUAUGAGAGUCGUAUCAAUCUUCUCAUCUACUUGCUCUUUUCGGGAACUGAAACCAAAUGGAAUCCGAUUUUUUUCCUUGUGAAGUAACAUCAGAGCAGACCUCGAAAUCAUCUUCAUUGUCCAGGUAAAUGAACGGGCUUUCAUCGGUGCGGUCACUGACACGCGGGCUCGACCUCGGCAAAUCUGAAACACGUGGACCUUCGAUCCGACGACGGUCGGAAACCCUCGUGGAGCUUAAAGCACCUUCCUUUCCCCCUGAACCGCGCUCCUCUACUUGAUCGGCCGCGGUAGGUUUGCACCCGUUUUGUACACGACUAGGAAGCCAUAAGUCCGAGACGCGGACUCGAGUGGUGGGUCCCACCUUUCUAUGCCAACGAACACGGAUAAUUGUACAUCACACUUGUUUACACGGCACUUGGGACACCUGUUUACCCAAGUGUCACUUUCUAACCCAGGGAUGGACGACCAACGAAUCUUGAGGGGAGGGGGGGACUUGUGCUCACUUUUAUUAAACCUACGGAUUUUACCGCCCCCCCCACCCCACCUGCCAGUCCGUCACAUGGAUACAUGGUGCCUUACCACAGCCAAGCUCGAGUCUCUCUCCCCAAAGUGGAAGCAGAUUUAUCUGUGUGCGACAGCGUUCCUGUUUGUUGGUUUUUUUAAUGCCAUAUCUUUGCCCCCCCCCCCCCCCCCCCCCUGAGUCUGGAGUCAAACUCACGAGCUCCAUCGCUCUGCCACAGCGACUGUUUAACAUGGGUUGAAUAUGCACAGCAUGUAAACGGCAUCUGGCCAAGUGUAAAGGGUCGACAGCCACGCCAGUUUCCAAACCCGCUUGUACGUGUUUGUGAUAACAGAUCUCUUUUGAAAAUAUAAAUAUAUAUAUAUAUAUGUAUAUGUAAAACCUGUUUUUAUCCUUUUUGUGUAAUCUUUUAUUUCCCUGUAACACUGAUAGAAUUUUAAGAUUAAUUUCUAUUUUUGUAAGGGCCAGAUAGUUGAGUGUCUGCCAUUUUGGUUUCUCUCCGAUUUGAUGUUUCUCUCUGUGCACGUGUUCCUUUAUGUUGUUUCCCUCGAGCAGGGUCGGACCCCCGAAGCGGCGUCGGCUUUUCUUGUUCUUCGUUGUAAAGGAAAUCAAAGCCUUAUGGGGAGAAAUCUAAAUCUAUGUUUUUAUAUGUGAAGUGUUUUUGAUAUAGUGUUGAUAUUGUGUACACGCAGAUGUUGUGAUGAAACGUUUGCACUUAAAAAAAAAAAUGCCGGGGUUCCUGUUGUAUUGGAUUCUGACGCUUUUCUACGACUCUUUGAUUGAUGACAUGUUGACAUUUGCUUAUUGAGAAUUCUAUAUUUUUCCCAAGGGAGGAAUGCGGUUAUGCACUUAGUAUUUUAUACCACAAAACGAGAGUUCACUCUGAUCUUCUACAUGAUAUAUCAAAUCAUUUCUGAUCAUUUGUAAUCAGGCACUACCACACAAUAUUUAUUUAUUCAAGCCCAAUAGAAUUGGUCGCUUAUAUUGCAUUUUUGCAUAAAAUUUAAUAAAAAACUAUAAAAUAGUGGGAAUAUGACCUCAGAGUCCGUUUAAACCCCCCACCCUCAUCGAGUCGUCUUAGACGUGUCACAAACGAAUUUCUUCAUUUGUGUCUUCUGAUGAUGUUUUUCCUUGAUAUGAAAAAUCUUUUGUCUUUUACUUUUUUUAAAGGAAAUGACACAGUUCCCGCUUCGUUCUGUCCAGUUCUCAAUUUGUUUGACGCUUUUUUUUUUGUUUCUUUUUCAAAUGUUUACAAGCUACUUGUCUGAAGUGGCGUAUUGAUGUGUGACGGGUGUCGAGGACGUGUUUAUAACGGAAGAGACAAGUGACAGCAGUAAUAAUAAUAAAAAAUCUGAAACUAA